AUGUCCCAACCACAUAGUCCUCCUGAUCCUCCAGUCUCUGAGUCCGUGAAUCCGAGAAACUAUCAGCGUGAAUACUCUGAAGAUCGGUAUCAUGCACUGCUUGCCGCCGUCCAACACAAGUACCGGAUCGAUGACAAUCCAUCCGGUCCCCGUGGACUCCACAAGGCCAGUUUUGGAGCGUACACGGACCGGAGUCUGGAAUCUACGGAAGCAGAAGUUGAUCCAAGGGACAAACAGCCAGCGUACUUAUCCUCUUCUUUUGCCGCAAUGGGGAAAUAUGCUGAUUGUAUUGUAGAUAUAUCGAACAUCUUCACAAGACGCUUCGCAAUAAUAUAAGGGCAUUGGAUGGACGCAUCUUGUACGUUAGUAAGUACCUACAGCUCCCACCAAAUGCUUGCACCGACUGAUAUGUUCCCCAUAGUUAAAGAGCCACAAAUCUGGCCUCUCAUCGAGUACUUUCACUCCCAUGCCAAAACAUCAGGGAGAGAUGAUUGGGAUCGAUGUUCGAAACCUUGCGAACCAUGCCCAGACAGGACAUCGUUCCCUGUGUGGUACGUCCUCCCAAAGGACAUGCUUUCGCAGUUGCCUGCUAAUAGUAUUUCCUAGUUUAUCAAUUCUCCUUCUGGAUGCCAGUGGGAGGACUGUCCAUAUCUCCAUCCAACAUCGCCUGA